CUCCCGAUUUCUCCCAUUUCUUCCCAUCUACCAGCUCAAAUUCCGACUCAUCGCUGCAAUUUGCAUCUCCUAAUUAAUCGCUUCUUAUUGAACGUAGGGAAGUCUUAGGCCCUCUAAUUACAAUGGCUGGCGACGGUGAGCACGACGAUAACAACAUGGAUGAUGGAGGAAUGACUGGUCCUGGCGCCCCCACGCCACUUUCUGCACUCGAGGGCGUCGCGGGCCUAACUAAGCGCGACAUCCAACUCGUAGUCGAUGGCGGUUUCAAUACCGUCGAGUCAGUCGCCUACACCCCUCGACGAGUCUUGGAGCAGAUCAAGGGUAUCUCGGAGGUAAAGGCCGGCAAGAUUCUGGCAGAAGCCUCGAAACUUGUCCCCAUGGGAUUUACUACUGCCACCGAGAUGCACCAGCGCCGCAGCGAACUCAUCUCCAUCACAACAGGCUCCAAGAACCUCGACACGCUACUGGCUGGUGGUGUUGAGACUGGCAGCGUCACCGAGAUCUUCGGCGAGUUUCGUACCGGCAAAUCGCAGAUCUGCCACACUCUCGCGGUAACCUGCCAGCUGCCCUUUGAUAUGGGCGGUGGCGAAGGCAAAUGCAUGUACAUUGACACCGAGGGCACGUUCCGCCCGGUUCGCCUGCUCGCCGUGGCCAACCGAUACGGCCUUUCGGGCGAGGAGGUGCUGGACAAUGUUGCCUACGCAAGGGCUUACAAUUCCGACCAUCAGCUGCAGCUCCUGAACCAGGCGGCAGCAAUGAUGUGCGAGACCCGCUUUAGCCUACUGAUUGUCGACUCGGCGACGUCGCUCUACCGCACCGAUUUCCUGGGCCGAGGUGAGCUCAGCUCUCGACAGACGCAUUUGGCCAAGUUUAUGCGGACGCUGCAACGACUGGCUGACGAGUUCGGCAUCGCCGUCGUCAUCUCGAACCAGGUCGUCGCACAGGUGGAUGGUGGACCGUCCGCCAUGUUCAACCCGGACCCGAAGAAGCCCAUUGGCGGUAACAUUAUCGCCCACGCAAGCACCACGCGCAUAAGCCUGAAGAAGGGCCGAGCAGAGACCAGGAUUGCGAAGAUCUACGAUAGCCCCUGCCUUCCGGAGAGCGAUUGCUUGUUCUCCAUCAACGAGGACGGCAUCGGCGAUCCGGCCCCCAAGGAGGAUAAGGAGAAGGAAUAGGGGCUCGGGGGUGGAAGCCUGCUAAGGUACUGACUGUAACGGAGACGAACUGAAUGUAUGCUACGAUGACGGCUCGCAUAACUGGUGUAAGAGGGAGGGCGGAUUUGGGGCAUUGCGGGCGUGUGCUAGCAACUUGGAUGAGCUCCCUGAGAGUCUCAGAGCCUGAUGUGCAUAAUUGCUGGCGUUAACAGGGAGUGCCAUUCAAAUAUUCUGUCACAACUAGAUAGAGGCUAGAUUUGAGCGUGGGAUUCGCGUAUCACUGUAUACCAUUUGCUCAAAUAAAAAUACAUAUUGACAUUGCGCUCUCUUAUCAGUAACAGGAAGACUUCGUCUUUCCCCGUGCUGGAGCUGAUGCGCGUAUGCGG